AUGGCGUUACUCGGUGUGGUUUUGCUCGGCAUUGUGCUCGUCUUAUCGCUUGCCUAUCUUUUCUUGCGCGAUAAGCAUCGAUUUUGGCUGAAACGGAACUUCCCCUGCAAGCCGAACCCCAGCCUUCUGGUUGGGCACAUGGAGGGUAAUGGGAGUACCCGGCAUGCCGCCUACGUGACGCAAGAAGUCUACCACUACGUCAAAGGCCGCGGUGAACGUUUCAUCGGUAUCAGCUACUUUUUCAUGCCGCUCGUGAUCGUGUGCGAUCUGGAGCUGGUGAAAACGAUCCUGGUGCAGGACUUCAGCGUGUUUCAUGAUCGCGGAAUGUACAGCAACGUACGGGCGGACCCACUGUCCGGGCAUCUGUUUAACCUUGAGGGCCACGAGUGGCGCACGCUGCGUCAGAAGCUCACGCCAACGUUCACCUCCGGCCGGAUGAAGCAGAUGUUUGGCCUGAUGUUGUCGGUGGCGGAGGAGCUACGUAGCGUAAUAACGGACGGUUGCGCUACCGUUACCACGGGCUUGUAUGAGCAGGAAAUGAAAGGCAUCUUGGCCCGGUUCACCACCGACGUGAUCGGGACGUGCGCGUUCGGUAUCGAGUGUAACACGCUCAGGGACGCCGAGUCGGAUUUCCUCAAGUACGGUAAUAGAAUUUUCCAACACAAACUAUCGGCGAUGGUGAAAAUUCUGUUCGCCAUGCUGUUCCGGGGAUGGGCAAAGAAACUCGGCGUCAAGGCGACUGAGGACGAUGUAGAAGCGUUCUUCAUGAACCUCGUCCGGGAGACGGUGGAGUAUCGGGAGAAGCACAACGUACAGCGAAAUGAUUUCUUGAACCUAUUAAUACAUAUCAAGAACAAGGGUAGUCUAGUGGAACACGGCGAGGGUGACGCGCUGGGCAAGGGUGAGGUCGGCAUGACUCAAGACGAGCUGGCGGCGCAGGUGUUCAUCUUCUUCGUGGCAGGAUUCGAAACAUCCUCAACGGUGAUGAACUUCUGUCUGUACGAGUUGGCGAUGAACCCGGACAUUCAGGAGCGACUCCGCGAUGAGAUCAACAUUGCUAUGGAGAAAGCAGGGGGAACACUAUCUUAUGACGUGGCGAUGAGCAUUCCCUACUUGGAUCAAGUUAUCAACGAAACCCUUCGAAAGUAUCCUCCUCUCGAGUCAACGAAUCGGAUGGCGGUACAAGACUAUACCAUCCCGGGCACUACGCACGUCAUUCCACGUAACGUACUCGUACAGAUACCCAUAUACGCGAUCCACCACGAUCCCGAGUACUACCACGACCCGGAUCGGUUCGAUCCGGAGCGCUUUUCGGCGUUGGAAAGCAAAAAUCGGCCACCGUGUGUAUUUCUACCGUUCGGCGAUGGGCCUCGACAGUGUAUCGGCAUGCGGUUUGGGCUGAUGCAGGUGAAGGUGGGCCUCCUUACUCUGCUGCAACAUUUCUACUUCCGGCCAUCGGAGAAAACGCCUCAACAGAUCGUGUUCGAUCCAAAAACAUUCAUCCUUUCUCCGGUCGGUGGAAAUCAUCUGCAGAUAGGAUUGGUUGGUGAUGAUAGGAAAAGUCAAAAAGAGUAGCAAAACAACUUGCCUUAUAAUGUAUUCUAAAUUCACUUAUUCAUGAUUAAUGGCUACUUAAUUUAUGUACUUGCUUUAAA